GAAGCCCUACGCUCCGUGCCCCUCCGCGGUAACCCCACCCACCCCAACUCUGAGCUGUGACACAGCUGUCCUCCUCUCCCCACUCACUCCAGGAGCUCACUUCCUCCCCUUCCCCUUCCCUUCCACAGGAAUCCGCAUCCGCCGCCAUAAUCCCCCCCGCAUUGCUUGCGCCGAGCUGCCUCCUCCGUUCCUCAGCCGGAUUCCGCUUCCUUCCCCUUUGUUGGCUUCGCUUUGGUGGUAUGAGCGCGUGGUGAGACGAUGAGGAAGGCGUUGCUGCUGCUGCUGUUUGUCCUCUGCUGCCUCGCCACCGCCGUCGAGGCGGUGGGGGAGGGGGCGGCUCAAGCGGGGGCGGAGCUGGCGGUGGUAGUGGACCCGUCGUGGAGGUUCCCGAGCCAGCGGCUGCGGGACGCCUACGUCGCGCUGCAGACGUGGAAGCAGCAGGCCAUCUUCUCCGACCCCCGCAACUUCACCGCCGACUGGGUGGGCCCGGGGGUCUGCAGCUACAGGGGCGUCUUCUGCGCGCCGCUGCCGCAGGGGGAGCCCGGCGCCGGGGAGCUCGCCGUCGCGGGCAUCGACCUCAACCACGGCGACAUCGCGGGGUACCUCCCCUCGGAGCUCGGCCUCCUCACCGACCUCGCGCUGCUGCACCUCAACUCCAACCGCUUCUGCGGCCUCGUCCCCGCCGCGCUCCGCCGCCUCCGCCUCCUCGUCGAGCUCGACCUCAGCAACAACCGCCUCGUCGGCGCGUUCCCCGCCGUCGUGCUGGACCUCCCGGCGCUCAAGUUCCUCGACCUCCGCUUCAACGACUUCGAGGGCCCCAUCCCGCGGGAGCUCUUCGACCGCCCGCUCGACGCCAUCUUCCUCAACCACAACCGCCUGCGCUCCCCGCUCCCGGACAACUUCGGCAACUCGCCGGCCUCUGUCAUCGUGCUCGCCGACAACAGCUUCGGCGGCUGCCUCCCGGCCAGCCUCGGGAACAUGUCCGGCACGCUCAACGAGAUCCUCCUCAUCAACAACGGGCUCGACUCCUGCGUUCCCCCCGAGGUCGGGCUGCUCCGGGAGGUGACCGUCUUCGACGUCAGCUUCAACGCGCUCGUCGGCCCGCUGCCGCAGCAGGUGGCCGGGAUGCGGAAGGUGGAGCAGCUCGACGUCGUGCACAACCACCUCUCGGGGGCCAUCCCGGAGGCCAUCUGCGCGCUCCCGCGGCUCAAGAACUUCACCGUCUCCGACAACUACUUCACCGGCGAGCCGCCGUCCUGCGCGCGCGUCGUCCCGCCCGACGGCGACAGGCGGAACUGCCUGCCCAACCGCCCCGCGCAGCGCACGCCGCAGCAGUGCGCAGCGUUCUACUCGCUCCCGCCGGUCGACUGCGCCGCGUUCCAGUGCAAGCCCUUCGUCCCUGUUCCGCCAUUGCCGCCGCCGCCACCGGUAUACCCCGGGCCCCUGCCACCAGUGUACCCGAUGCCAUACGCAUCGCCGCCGCCACCCUCACAUUACCGAUGAUUCGUUCAGCGGAGAGGCGUUAUCACUUUCACAUUCCUUCGCCGCCCUGCUGGAUGGAGACACAGCAGAGUCCACUGUCACAGGUGUACGUGGUCAGUCAUUGUUGUGCUUAGAUUUCUAGUGUUCUUGAUUGAUAGCUACCCGCAUAUAUAGAAGAUUAUAUGGUGCAUAUACCAUCGCUCUUGCCUUUUGCAUUGGUCUGUCUGUUUGCGUCAUGGUGAUGGGAAAAAGGAUUGGAGAUCGAUGGUUGGUGAUGGAUGGAGGGAACAAUCUGAGCUUGGAUUGAUUGCUAAUUGGGUUGUGAAUAAUAAACUGCUUGAGAGAGACAGGUUACGAGGAUGUAGAGGAUUGUUGGUUGGUGUCACCUGGGCCUGGGAUGUACUGUAGAAGGACUGAAGCUCGAGUUCUUUCUUCAGUAAGCUGCUUUCAGUUGAGAGUCGAGAGAUAAGUUCUCAGGCCAAGAAAUGUAUCCUACUUAACUAUUCUUUCUUUCUUUUUUGUCACAGCUACUUACUGUUAUUUGAUCGUUAUGAUAUUUAUUUCGGAUUCUUAGAAACUUUGGGCCUCUU